CAUUGAACGCAGCAGCCACUCAGCGCUGCAGUUGCUGUCUGGUUCUGUUGGAAGCAGGAAAACAGGAAGAGGGUAGACAUAAUGGAGCUAGAGGCAGAAAUAUUAAAGUAUAUAUGCGCAAAUCAGGGAUCAGUCAACACUGAAGAUCUGCUGUGUAACCUCGGCUCAGGCGGUGCUACGGCUGACAUCAUCACGAACCGAGAGAAGUUCGCUUUGUGUUUACCGUUCGGCCAGCCGAAGGUCGUGGCAAGGACCUGGCUGAGGCUGUGCCGCGCAAAGGACUGUCGGGGCGAGUGCAGUGAGCUGCACCUGUGUAAAAAGUUCCUCCUUACCGGAUCCUGUCCGUUCACCGGCACGAGGAAUGGAUGCAGAUUCUCCCAUUGCCUGGACUCUUUUCACAAUGCAGCGAUGCUAAAGGUGCAUGGGCUGGAGAGCCUGAACCGGAGCGAGCUGUGCACUCUGUUUCUGCAGAGCGACACCUGGCUCCUGCCUCAGAUAUGUCAUAAUUACAACAAUGGUGGUGGGCGGGUGGGCCUGUGUCAGGAGGGCGAUAAUUGCAACAGAUUGCACAUCUGCGAGAAGUUCCUGAACAGCGCCUGCAGCUGCAUCAAGAAUCAUGAUCUUACCGCUCCACAGCCAUUCAAGAGCCUGUCUGACAGAGGCGUGCCUGACCAACUCUUUCCCUCAUUGAUGUCUGUUUAUGCUAACCUGCUGGCUCUGAAGUACUACGACAGACAGGCCAAUGGGGGCAACCGCCAACAGCCACGACACAACUCCUCCACCAGUGACCUCUGCGCUGCUGACCCUGAUGCUAGUGGCAACGAUGGUCCACAACAGAGAGGGGGGCACAGAGGGAGAGGGAGAUCUGGUUUCCGGGGCGACCCAGGCAACCGAGGCUACCGAGGCAACAGAGGCAACAGAGGCAACAGAGGCAACAGAGGCAACAGGGGCAACAGGGGCAACAGGGGCAACAGGGGGAAUCAAGGAAACCGGGGCAACGGAGGAAAUCAGCAAACCCGUUCCGCUGAUGACUUACUUGCUGACUUCCUUGGUGACUUUGACACCUUAGAUCUGUAUACCGAAGAUGGCCUGAACGAAGAUCAAAGACCUACCUCCCGCAACAGCGACGUCUCUGCUGCUGCCAACGACACCGAUGCGAGCAGUGAUGAUGGAAAGAGCAGAAAGCAGAAUCUGAAUGAAACCUCAGCCGCUGUCAGAGGGAGAGGUGGCAACAGGGGCAACCUCAGAAGCAAGUCUGCCGCUGACAGCUCUGAAGCCGUCAGCGACGACACAAACAGUGAGGAUGGAGCCAAAAGAAGACCGAGGCCUGUCCGAGAUAAAACUGAGAUCUGCAUGUUCUUCAUCAAAGGGCACUGCAUACAUGAAGACAGAUGUUUUAAAGUCCACGACAAGAUGCCGUACAGAUGGGAGGUGCUGCUGGCUGAUCGGUGGACCGCCUUGCCUGAUAAUGAGACGAUUGAGAAGGACUACUGUGACCCAAAGAACACGUACAGUAGCAGCAGCCCGCCUGUGCACUUCGACACGAUGACCCAAGGACCGAACAAAGUUCGCAGACUCUCCACCUCCAACUCGCUGGUCGAUGUAGGCUUCCUCCACACCACCGAGUGGGUUUGGUACUGGGAGGAUGAGUUUGGAACCUGGAACUUGUACGCUUCACGUUCUGGUGGACACAAAGCGGCAGACACUGGCAGCGCUGAGCUCGAGCAGAAGUUUCUGGACAAUGACAAAGAUGUGGUGGAGUUCACCGCCGGGAAACAGUCAUACUCCCUCAGUUUCCAGGACAUGAUCCAAACAAACAAGCAGUACAGCACAAAGAGGGUGGUGAAGAGACUGCCCCGGUUUGUUUCUGCGGCUGAUGUCAAGGCAAGGAAGGCAAGAAGGCCUCCCGGUCCACCAGGAGCUGUACCGGAUCACUGGGACAAGACACAGAUUACUCUAACAGGAUACAAGACUGUCUCCCUCCAUCGCACCUCAGACGAAUAUAUGGAGAUUGAAACCCUCUUCUGCAACACCAUGAGAGGCUUUGACAUUGUGAAAAUAGAGAGGAUUCAGAACAAAGCUCUGUGGGAAGCCUUUCAGUUGAAGAACAAACAGAUGAAGGACAAAAACAACGGGCGCAAUGUGACCGAAAAGAAGCUUUUCCAUGGCACUAAAUCUCAAUAUGUAGACGUCAUCUGCCACGAUAACAUUGACUGGAGAGUGUGUGGGGUUAAUGGAACUGCUUACGGCCAAGGCAGUUACUUUGCCAGGGACGCAAAAUACUCCCACAGCUACACCGAUAACUCUAAUGUCAAUUCCAUGUUCGUGUCCCGGGUGCUGGUGGGAGACUGCACCAGAGGGAGCUCCAGCUACCGCAAGCCUCCUUCCAAAGACAGCGGGGUCAUCAACCUGUACGACAGUUGUGUCGACGACGAAGUCAGGCCUUCCAUCUUUGUUGUGUUCAAUUCUAACCAGAUCUACCCCGAGUACCUGCUGCAGUACAGGAGCACGCACCCACUGGUCUCUUCAGUUGCUGCUUCUGCACCAACACCAGUACCGACACCAGUACCAGUAUCAAAACCAGCGCCCAAACCCAGUGUACCAGUUCAUCAACCCCGCACACCGUCAUAUCAACCCCGCACACCGUCAUAUCAACCCAGCACACCGUCAUAUCAACCCCGCACACCGUCAUAUCAACCCAGCACACCGUCAUAUCAACCCAGCACACCAUCAUACCAACCCAGCACAUCGUCAUACCAACCCAGCACAUCCUCAAACUUCCCCUCAGUUAGAAACACCAGAUUUAGUCCAUCUCCCCCACCAACCCCGAGCCCAAAGAAAUCCUCUGAUUCCUGUGUCAUUGCUUGAGGACAGAGAUGAAGUGAGGGCACGAUGAUAGUAUUUGAAAGAGGUUAAUGGCACAUGUGCAGAGUGCUGUGAGUAAUGUAGAUUAAACAUAGUAAUGGCAGCCGAACAGCCCCCUUCAGAGAAGCUGGAGAACACCUUGUUUGGUGUCUGAUUGAGUAAUGGGUUCAACAACCUUAACCUGGUCUAGUGAUGAGGGCUGAAUUGAAAGGCAGCCACAUAUCGGGCCGUCAAUGUCUGCCACUGACAUGCUCAGGUUUUAAAUGUGUGCAUUAACUGCUUAGGAGUUGUUCAUGGAGUUUUUAACAAUAAGUCAAUGUAGAAGGGGGGCUGCGACAAGAUGACGUAAUUGCGGAGCAAAUCAAUCUUGAAAUGAAAAUUGCUUCACAGCGAGAUUUAAUCAUGGCCUCUCUGAUUGUUUCAUGUUUUUAUUCAACACAAUUUGUUAUGCCUUUAAAACAGGCAUAUGAUCUGCAUCUUAUGUCAUGUUUUAUUCAUUAAGUCUGUUUCUAUUGCACUUAUUUAGGUAUGAUUAGCACUACUUUGUAAUUAAUCAGAAAUAUGCUCAGGAAACGUUAUCCAUCACAGUAGCAUUUUCUCACGUCGACUGUUAUAAUGAAGAAUAUACUGUAUCAUCAUCACAGCAGGAGAGGCUGCUGCAUAGCACCCGGCCAAUAGAGGGCCACAUCAUCUUUAUUGGCAAUCAAAUAUAAGCCAUACAACUUAAAGCUUCUUCAAUAAGUGCAAAUGAGUUUUUAUAAAAUGUGCUUAACAUGACGAUUGAACUGCUUUUACAUUCAACGCUGUUUGCAAACAUUGCUGAUUUUGUGAAUUGAAUUUAAAAAAAAAGUCAUACUGAUCUGAACAGAGAGCUGUAAACUUUUUUUUAGGCAGGCUUCUUUUUAGGGUGGCUAAAAUACUGUUUGCAGCUGCACCCAUCCACAGCAGGGGGUGGCUUUGCCUUCUUUUCUUGUACUCCUGGUACAAUGUCUACUUUAAGUAAUACACUUUCUAUGAAUAAGUGUCUCAAACAACCUCACUUGAAGCUAUCUAAACUAUAUUUGUAAGAUAUUAUCUUUCGUGUUCAUUAGGUUAGAUAUUUAGAGGCAAAUAUACAACGCGCUGUGGCCCUGCUCCCUCUUGAAUCCGUGAACACAGACACAGUCUGCACAUCAGAGUGCAGCACAAAUGUCAUCCAAUUCCAAAAAUAGAAAUUAAGAUGAAGGUACAGUCUCAGAUGAUUGGUUGUGUCUAUUUACAAGUAUUGUUUGUGCUUGUUCAUUCACAUUGCAUUAAAACCAAAUUUCUCAUUA